UAUUAAGUGGAGAAGUAAUAUAAUCUUUGUUGAUUGAGGGCUUUCUAAUAUAAUUUUUGCUUGUUUAUUGUUUUGGCCUGCUCGAAUUUUUUCUAUUAUAAAUUUUAAAUCUUUUCUUUUUUUUGUUUUUGGGCAGUGUUUUGUAUAGAAAAGCUUUUUAAAUAAUUGUUUCGAAUCAAGACAAUUAAGAGUUGUUUACAAGGAUUAUUCUGAAGUUUGUGCUGUUAACGAAUUCGAGGAUCAUUCUCAUAAUUGAGAAAUCUGAAAUAGCGGAAAUAGCACAAACUCUGAGGGUGAUUUCAUAUAGAUGCAGCCUCUAUCUUUAUCUGAAUAUCUAUUUUGAACAAACAACUUAUUCUGUUCCAUAGCUAAAAGAAGGAAAGAACGUGGCACAGCAACUAUCAGAGAAACCAUCUAGUAUGCACAUUCAAGAAAAAUCCGUGUCUUAUACCCAAAGAUGGUACUUCACUACAGAAGAAAUAGAAGACCACUCUCCAUCAAGAAGGGAUGGAAUUGAUUACGAAAAAGAGUCUCAUCUAAGGAAGUUGUACUGCGUGUUCCUGCAAGAGCUUGGGAUAGAGCUUAAAGUGCCUCAAGUGACAAUAGCUACUGCAAUGAUGUUGUGCCAUCGCUUUUACAUGCGCCAAUCUCAUGCAAAGAACCACUGGCAGAUUGUCGCAACUGUGAGCAUGUUCCUUGCUGGUAAAGCUGAAGAAACACCACGCUGGCUGAGUGAUCUUGUUGUUGUUGCCUACAAGCUUGUAUAUAAAUGGGAUCCAUCAGCUCCGCUGAGGAUCAGGCAGAAGGAUAUUUAUGAUAAGGAAAAAGAAUCAGUUGUAGCUGGUGAGAGAAUGUUGCUUGUCACAGUUGCUUUUGAUCUUAGCAUCCAACAUCCUUACAAGGCACUUGUUGCUGCUAUGAAGAGGUUGGAAAUUUCUAACAAUGAGAUGGUCAAAGUAGCCUGGAAUUUUGUGAAUGAUUGGCUUCGCACAACACUGUGCUUGCAGUACAAGCCCCAUUAUGUCGCUGCUGGUUCCAUGUUCCUUGCUGCUAAAUUUCUGAAGGUGAAAUUGCCUGCCAAAAAAGGGAAUCCCUGGUGGAUGCAGUUUGACGUUGCUCCGAAGAAGUUAGAAGAGGUUAUUCAAAAGAUGCUUCAGUUACUGGAGCAGAAUCAGAAACAAGUAACACCAUCCACUUCCAGCAAGUUGACCGAAUCAAAACCUGUUGCUGAAAAGGCUACAUCAAGCAUCGCAGAGUCUUGUAUCUCAAGUGUGUCAGUUGUUGCUCAAGAAUCCAGGAAUAUUGGAUUGGUAAAGACUAGAGGACUAUCUACAUCUGUGACAUCCAAAUUCAUUGAGAAAGCAUCCUGCAACAGCAUCAACACUGUCAAAGAGGAGACAGAGCAUUGGGAGACUAGUGAGUGUGGUAGUGCAAACAGUGCAGUUGAGAAUGGUGUUUGUCAGCCAGUAAAGAAUGAGGGCGGAAAAGAAAUUUGCCAUGCUGUCUCUGUUAGUGAUCACAAUGGAAAAUUUGAUAUUGAUCGAAUCAAGGAGAGAUUGAAGAGACGGAAAUUGGAGCAGAGUUCAAUGAAGAAAUCAUCCAUGUAUGACGAGAUCGAUAGUGAGGGUUGGAUUGAGAGAGAGCUGGAAAAUUUGGAAUAGUGUCACUUUAUGCUUGUCCAUUCGAUGAAAUAGUUUUUGUGGUAGUAUAAGCAGAAAAAGAAAACAGGAUCACACUUAUAUGAUGCACUGUAAUUAGGAAGGUGCAGAUGUGAAAACUUUCAGCUAAGAAGUUAGAAAUUCAGAAACUGCUCCCAGCUAUGGUAACAUAUCUAUCUUGGUUCAACUCUUGUUUAGCAGAUAAUGGACCCCCAUACAAGGUCUACUGUGCAUAAUAUUGGCUCUUCAUGCCUUGACGUUUUUUAAUAUAAAGGGUGUGAUUUUAUGCAAGUCCAUUUUACAUGCUAAGCUAAAAUACCACUGUUCAGCCUCUUUUUGAGCUCAGUAGAAUUUUACUGUUUAAAGAUGUUAUGCCCCAGAUAGAGAGGAUAAAAUACAUAUUUGUUGAGCUAUGCGUUGAAUAAGAUAAUACAAUGGAGAGUCGCGCAAUAUUAAUCCUCUGCCAGAAAAGGAAGAGAAGUGAUAGAAAGGAGCUCGCAUUUUUGAAAAGAAACCAUUUUGUAAGGAUGUAAAAUGGGAAGGAAUUGUUUGUGGAAGGUAAGCGAAAA